CGUCAAAGUCGAAAACGUAAACAAACGACUUCACAAAGCCAGAGACGCAGUUUUUCCAAUAUUUUAUCAUUAUUUGUUCAAAUUUCCACCUAAAUUAGUGUUAAAAUUGUGAAAAAAUGACGACAGCUGCGAGACCAACAUUCGAUCCAGCCAGAGGUGGUCAAGGUCGUGGCGAGAAGGAUUUGAGUGCUCUUUCGAAGCAAUAUUCGAGCCGUGACUUGCCAGGACACACGAAACUCAAAUAUCGCGAGCAAGGUCAAAGCACCAGCGAAGAAUUGCGUAGCCGUGACUUCCGCAAGGACUUGGAAGAGCGUGAACGCAGCGAAAAAUCUUCCUCUUCGUCGUCUUCGAGCAAACGUCCCCUGCCUCCGGUCGUUCAACGUGCCAUCGAGCAAAAUAAAAAGCAAAAAGUUGCAGUCAGCUUGGAUCAAGAUGAUCCCGUUGACAGCGAAAAUUCAGAUUCGGACGACUCGGAUGACGAUACUGCGGCUUUGCUGGCGGAAUUGAACAAAAUUAAGCGAGAACGGGCACAAGAGCAAGCAAAGAAGGAAAUGGAGAAGAAACAGGAGGAGGAGAAAAUUCGCAUGGAAAAUAUUUUGUCGGGAAAUCCGCUGUUGAAUUACUCGGCAGGAGCAAAAGCGGGCGAUUUGAAGGUGAAGAGACGAUGGGAUGACGAUGUGGUGUUUAAGAAUUGCGCACGAAGUGAACCGGAGAAAAAAGGAGCAAAUUUCAUCAAUGACUCGUUACGCUCGGAAUUCCACAAGAAAUUCAUGGAAAAGUACAUUAAGUAAGACCAGAGCGUCUAUUAGAGUAAAUUUAAUGAUAAGGAUUUUAAUAAUAAAUGCGAUUUCAAUAAAAUAAUUAAGAAUUUUCAAGAGA